AUAAUAAAAAAAUGGCGUAAAGAGUCUGUUCAGGAAUUUAAUAAUGCUGAUAAUGCUGAUAGUGCUGAUAUAAAAACAACUUUACACCCUCUAGCAAGUUGUACUUUUGGUGUUUCUCGACAACGAAGAAAUAUUACAAAUUUUACGGGACUUCAAGUUGAAGAUUUAACAGAUUCAAAAUUGAUAAAUAUAAGUAUUCUUUCAUUAUCGUUCGAUAAUAAAUAA